GUGCUCUAGAUCUCUGCUUUUAUUUGCUGUUCAAUAAUUAUAACCUUCAACAGAGACUCUAGUCUUUCAACUAAACCAUGGCGACCUAUUUCUUCUCGUCUCCAAUCGACGUCGACAUCAAACUGGAAGGUGAGGAGGCCAGGAAACAAGUGGAGACGAAGAGCGAGAAGGAGAAAUCUAUCUCCUGUCCAGUCUAUUACGAUGGCGAUUCUGUCGGUGGAACGGUCGCUAUCAGGGUACGGGAUGGAAAGAAAAUAACACACGACGGGAUAAAGGUUGAAUUUGUGGGGUGCAUAGACCCCCAAAUGAAUUCGGACACAGAGCUAUUCUAUGACCGUGGUCACCACCAUGAGUUUCUGUCUCUGUCCCAGGAGAUGGCAGCACCGGGAGAGAUGCGGCAAGCGCAGACAUUUGAGUUUAACUUCAAGAACGUGGAGAAACAGUUUGAAAGUUACCAAGGGAUCAACGUGAAGUUACGGUACUUUGUCCGAGUGACGAUAUCACGGAGGAUGGCAGAUGUCGUCAAAGAGAGAGACAUAUGGGUGCAUUCGUUCCGUAUGCCACCUGACAGCAACAACUCGAUCAAGAUGGAAGUAGGGAUCGAGGAUUGUCUACAUAUCGAGUUUGAAUACAACAAAUCGAAGUAUCACCUUAAGGAUGUUAUCGUCGGGAAGAUAUAUUUCUUACUCGUCCGGAUAAAAAUCAAGCACAUGGAACUUUCCAUAAUUCGACGAGAAACCACCGGUGCACCACCCAACCAGUAUAACGAGAGUGAGACCAUAACGAAGUUCGAGAUUAUGGAUGGUGCCCCUAUAAGGGGGGAGACGAUCCCGAUUCGACUAUUCCUUGGCGGCUUUGACCUAACACCCACAUUCAGAGACGUAAAUAAGAAGUUUAGUACAAGAUAUUAUUUGAACUUGGUACUCAUUGACGAGGAGAAUCGGAGAUAUUUCAAGCAGCAGGAAAUUACAGUAUUUAGGAUACCAGAGAAUUAAUGGCACUACCGUCACCGUGUAUUGGCUACGAUGAUAUUCUGCAUCUUUCGUCCAUGAAUGUCCUCUAUUUAGCCGAAGUUGCAGCGAUCCUUAAGUAGAGUGCCAGGCCGAGGCAGCGGCGCGAGAAAGAAUAUACUACGACUAUGGGGUCUGGAUUAUUGACGGCGACUAAUGAAUGGAACGCGAUGGGGACUCUAUCAUAGGGAAGUCCAGGGAUCACUCAAGUACUCAACACCCAUGUUGGAUUCUGAAGGUCCCAUCGUUAUCACUACCAAUGUACCCAAUAUUAAAAUUUAAGCAUGU